AUGGUGCGAAACAGACUUUCACGCUUGCGUGCCGUCUGGAGUCAUAACACACAUCUGGUUUUAUGCUCCAGACUGAUUCCCCCUUCACGGAGAGGGAAUGUCCUGGCAUCAACUGCCGUUCUUUCUGCCGAGAAAAAGAAGCAGUAUAUCUCCCCAAGGAUUCGGGCUCGCAAUGUUCUUCGCUCCCUUGAUCAGUUAUAUCCUCGAGUAGUCGACUGCUCCGAACCCAGCAAUUCUUUAUGGAGGAGCCGCAUAUAUGAUGCUUUAGAGGUCAUCUGCGAUGACCCCGGGACUUCGAAAUCACAACUGAGAAGCGUUGCUGUGUGGGGACCGAAGCAUGCGAAUUCUUCAGAAUUGGUGUUGGCUUUGGUUGAAAAUACUUCACCCUCAGAAGCGCGAGUUGUAUACAAACGUCACGCUGGUGCCAAGGAACCCCUGCUGGGCAGCACGAAUCAGCUGGGACACAUACAUUGGUGGAAUCCUGCAAUCCAAGGGCUGAAUGGACUCCGUGCGGACCUCGCGGAAUAUGAAGGUGCUGAGGUCGACGCAGCUGUCUCGGGUAUGCUUUCGAAGGACGUCAUUGUCAUCGUUGUGAGGGCAUUGAUUCCAUCCUUGUCAACAUCUUUCCCCUUGCACAUCGUGGUCUCGCACGAAAUCUUUGGUCACGAACCAACAAGAAAGCUGUACCAAUCUAUCAUGGCAGCCCAAUUUCCGCAUGCAUUCUCAGUUGAUGAUAAAUUAUACCCAAAAAUACACCUUUUAGAUGUUAAAGCAGCUAGAAGUGCACAAUCAUUUUUCUCGGAUAACGCGAGCGCAACCCCAUCUCCCAGCGAGCACCAACGCCUCAUUGAGGCAUCAAACUUCACCCAAUUCUCACAUGCUUUGAACCGUACGAUUGCGGACCUGCCACGAUUGUCAGCUCAACUCUCAAUGCUAUCUUCCCUGCGCCUAAUUGAACUGAUAACGUCACAAUGUGAACGGAGGCUUCACGAAGCUUCCCGCAAUGCAGAAGUUGCCCUAGGGGAAGUCAAACUCCUGCGUUCGGGUGCAAGGAAUGCCUCUCGAAAAGCGAUGGAUUCCAUUGCUAAUGUUCGUGGGAAUGACGUUGCGGAGCAGUCUGUUCAACUUUACCUCAACGAUCUACCUUGGUGGAAGCUUCCUUGGCGGGCGGAUAACAUAUACCCCGAGAUCAGUGCCAUCCUCGGUGAGACAUAUGGCCACCAAUUGGAAACUGCACUUAGUUUUGAGGCCGGUAGAUUCGCUGCCCUCCAGAGCGAUCAGAACAGCGCUAUCAAUGCCGUUCUUGUGAAACUCACUCACACUGCUCCUGCACCGUCUGAUUCUGUGGCGACUUCAUCCCUUGUAACACCUGUUCUCCGCAACUCCCUUGAACAGAUCUCCCAAUCGAUAUCGACGCGAAUAACGCCAUCUGACCUCACACGCCCUAUCGAGAAGCGUUUAACUCAUCUUCGGAGCCAUUCUCCACGAGUCAGUACAUUCCAUGGUAGCAGUGCAUUAACUCAUCUGCAUCGCCGUGCACAAAAUGUUCUUCUACAAUCCUAUGCGUUCUCAUUCGGUGGCUCGUUCGCUGCAUGGGCCGUAUCUACUUCGUCCCCUUCGUGGCCAUGGCUGGAGUUGCAUUUGAUUGGAGCGCUUUGCGUUGUCGGAAGUAUGAGGUGGGCGGCAGGACGGUGGGAGAAAGCGAAGGCGAAAUGGUGGGGAGCCUGGAGGAGAGUCGACGAAGGUUUAGACAGGGAUAUCGAGGCAAGCACAGGAAGCGUCUUGGAGCGGAAGGUCUUUGCGAAGACGACAAGGGCUUGUGAAGCUCUGGAGGAACUGGCUGCAAAGCGAAUAUCGGACAUCGGGUGCUUGCGCGCUGAGCUGAAGGAACUCAAAGCCGAAGCUGAUGCUCUCCGAAAUUGUACAUUAAAUGACAACAACUAACCGGAAGCUCUACGCGUGGAUUUUUAUUAGCGAAACGUCGUUAGUACUCGUUCAGGGAUCUUAACUCUGAUCGGAAGACGCCCGAGAAACAUCUAUCUAUUAAUUUCUUUACCGAUAUGUGCUGGCCGAGAUAUGUAAGAUGCUCAAAUGAACACAUGCUUCGCAAAACC